GCCACAUCCCGCUCCACGUGGGCUCCGCCCCCGGCGGCGGGAAGAAGCGCUCCUCCCUCUGCAGCCCGAACGUUUUUUCCGAAUGGCCUCCUUCGAAGAGGUGUGUGUGUCCGGCUUUGAGGAGUUUAUGAAAGCUGUGGAGCAGCACAAAGACAAGACCAUUUUCGCUUACUUCACCGGCUCUAAGGACUCCAAUGGAGAAAGCUGGUGCCCCGACUGCGUGCAGGCUGAACCGGCCCUACGAGAGGGACUGAAGCAUAUUAAGGAAGGAUGUGUGUUUAUCUACUGCCAAGUAGGAGAAAAACCUUAUUGGAAGGAUCCAAAUAAUGACUUCAGAAAAAACCUGAAAGUAACUGCAGUACCUACACUACUUAAAUAUGGAACACCUCAAAAACUGGUAGAAUCUGAAUGCCUUCAGGCAGACCUCUUGGAAAUGUUGUUCUCUGAAGAAAAUUAAUACGGGUUGUGUCUUGAUUUCCUCUAGUAUAAAAUAAACUGAAUAACUGCUUUUAAUUCAUGUUAACGAUGAUGUUUAAAAAAUUAUGUAUGAUAAAACAAUAGUGUGUCAUUAAAAGGAUCAUGAAAACUUCAUAA